GCUGCGGGAGCCUCCACAGAACAUCUCCGGAUCGCGUUCCGAGGCUGACCGCUGAACCAGGACAGGGUGUCCCAGGUGCUGAGCCCUCCCUCAGCCUCCAGGUCCAACUGGUUCUCCUACGGUAGUGAACCUGUGCCCUGACCUGAGAUAAGUCACUGGGUGACCCCGCAGCCUCUUUCUAUGACUCCAUCUGGAUUUGGCUGACUGUAGGAACAAGCUUCAAGGGACUGCUUGGGUCUCCGUGGGGUAGCAGUCAGCUUUCUGGCUGCUAUGGCAAUUGCUGGGAACUGAAGGCACAGACAGGCUCCAGCCUCAGCACAAGCACGCAGGACACGAUGGACAACAAAGCCAUGUACAUGCACACCGUGAAUGACCGGGACACCAGCUCUGUCUUUGAGGAGCCCUUUGAUGGUAGGAGCCUGUCCAAGCUGAACCUGUGUGAAGAUGGUCCAUGUCACAAACGGCGGGUGGGUGGCUGCUGUACCCAGCUGGGCUCCCUGUCAGCACUGAAGCAUGCCGUCCUGGGACUCUAUCUUCUGGUCUUCCUGAUUCUUGUGGGUAUCUUCAUCUUAGCAGUGUCCAGGCCUCGAAGCUCCCCAGAUGACUUGAAGGCUCUGACUCGAAGUGUGAACCAGCUGAAUGAGAGCUUCCGGGACAUGCAGCUGCGGCUGCUGCAGCCUCCACUGCAGGCGGACCUGACAGAACAGGUGUGGAAGGUUCAGGAUGCGCUGCAGAACCAGACAGACUCACUGCUGGCCCUGGCAGGCUUGGUGCAGCGGCUGGAGGGUACACUGUGGGGGCUGCACGCGCAGGCGGCACAGACAGAGCAGGCGGUGGCCUUGCUGCGUGACCACACAGGACAGCAAAGUGACUCCGCACAGCUGGAACUCUACCAGCUGCAGGUGGAGAACAAUCACAGCCAGCUGCUGCUGCAGCAGCAUAAGGGCCUGCUGGAUGGGCUGGCGCACAGGGUGGGCGUCCUGAGUGAGGAGCUGGCUGAUGUGGGUGGCGCACUGCGUGGCCUCAACCACAGCCUGUCCUAUGACGUGGCCCUGCACAGCACUCGGCUGCAGGACCUGCAGGUGCUGGUGAGCAAUGCCAGCGCAGACACCCGCCGCAUGAGGCUAGUGCACAUGGACAUGGAGAUGCAGCUUAAGCAGGAGUUGGCCAUGCUCAAUGUGGUGACCGAGGACCUGCGUCUCAAGGACUGGGAACACUCCAUUGCCCUGAGGAACAUCACCCUUGCCAAAGGGCCACCAGGACCCAAAGGUGACCAGGGCAAUGAAGGGAAGGAUGGAAAGCCAGGUAUUCCUGGAUUCCCUGGAAUUCGAGGUCUGCCGGGAGAGAGAGGUACCCCAGGACUGCCUGGUCCCAAGGGUGAUGAUGGGAAACUAGGGGCCACAGGCCCCAUGGGCAUGCGUGGGUUCAAAGGUGAGCGAGGCCCGAAAGGAGAGAAAGGAGAGAGAGGAGAGAUACAGGAUGGUACGGAUUUCACAAGGAUUCGCCUGGUGAAUGGCUCUGGACCACACGAGGGCCGAGUGGAGGUGUUUCAUGACCGUCGCUGGGGCACAGUGUGUGACGAUGGCUGGGACAGGAAGGAUGGGAACGUCGUGUGCCGCAUGCUGGGCUUCCAUGGUGUUGAGGAGAUCUACCGGACAGCUCGUUUUGGGCAAGGAACAGGGAAGAUCUGGAUGGACGACGUGAACUGCAAGGGAACCGAGAGCUCCAUCUUCCACUGCCAGUUCGCCAAAUGGGGAGUGACAAACUGUGGGCAUGCUGAGGAUGCUGGAGUGACCUGUACUACAUUCUGAAAGUGGGCACGGCCCAAAGCCAGGGCCCCACAUGACCACAUUCCUGUAUCCCUGGGGUAGGAGGAUGGCUUGGAGCUACCUAACCAUGGCUCAUGCCCAGGCCAACACCACCCUCCACCCUGCUGCCGAUUGGCCUUACUCUGGUUCCAAGGUGACCCUUUGUCACUUUCUUUCCAGACAGCUAUUCCAAAGUGCUCAAUGGAACCUACAUUCUGUUUUUCCUCCCCACUGGGGUUUCUACAUGGGGGGCCCCAGUCAACUGAACCACCAGUAUGCUCAGCUAUCUGAAGACUUCCCACAGGGCCUAGGGAUCGAUGUUACGGAUGGAUGCUGAUAUGAUGUCAUAGGCAAGAGCAGCAAUGGAGGUGGGGGGUGUUAUGAGUCAUUUAUUUUGCAGAUAAUUCCUAAAUUCCAGAGUUUCAUCACCCAUCUCCCCAGCAAGUAGAAACCCUUAAUGACUCUGUUUCCUUUCUUUUUCUCUGUCUCUUCACACUGUAUGUUAGUUUGGGGAAGGGGCAGAGGAGAAGCCAGCUAUAGGAGACAUAACAUAAUGCCAGCUACCAAAAGAACCUCAGCUGGAGCUGGGAAGAGAAGGGAACAACUGCCGUUCUGUGCUACAUUGUAUCUCGGGUGCUGAAAUCACUUAACCACUUUGCUGUGUUAAUACAAGGCAUGUUAAUCAGGGCAGGACCCUGCCUCCAGGUAGUGCUCACCUGGCCCAUUCAUCUGGCUUCCAAGUUAGAAGACCAAGAAUGAGAAGACUGAGACCAGGUUCCUCCAUGAACCUUGGUAUACCCUUCUUAGGCCUGAGCAACAAGCUUGGGUUGUAGACAUUGGUUGUUAGAAAGUUGUAUAUUCCAAAUGUUAUAGCAAGCAUGUAUAAGAUCAGACAGGAAGAGUUUCUAAGUCAAACAUCCACACAGGAAGGCUGAUUCGGAGGGUGACAUGGGAGCUAUCCACGUUAACCUGAAGCUGUGUCUCAGGGCAGUUGGUGACAUUAUACCUUUCAGGCCUCUUUGAAUAUAGUCCUGUGAGCAGAGGGAAACAGACCUGAUAAAUUCCCCAAGGGCAGAAAGAAGUGUGAAUCCUCUAUAGCCUUCCCAUGGGAAAUGAGUUGUCUGGGGCCUCUUUCAGCUUGUGAGCUGCACUCCCCUCCUGGUUACAGAGUGAACAUGUUCUGCUGUUGGCACAGGAGGAUGGCACAUGUGUUCUAGAACUGGGAGAGCUACACUACAGCAAUUGAGUGCAGACCUGUCUGGCUAUAGUAGAGUCACAGACACAUUCACAUAUCCUGUGAGGUGAGCAUUAUCUUGCUUGGGGUGAGGAAGACCUAGAUACCUCCAGGUGUUGUUUCCCCCAAAGAUCCUGGCUGGCCACUAAGCCAAUAUGCAAUCUUGAUCAUCUUGCUUACAAUAUGCGUUACUCACUACUGUUCUCAUGAUCUGACCAACUGUUGUGUUUACAUAACAUGCAUGUACUCAUGCAUCUUCUGGAGCCCAUGUAUGUAUACCUGUAUAAGCAUAGCACUCUUUAUUACAUCGCUCUGCACAUCACAAUAGUUAUGUUUUAAAAGAUAUACUAAAGGUUGUUAUUUUUAAAAAAAGAUAUUUUAAAAGUGUGUAAACAUCACUUAGAUAAUUCUGGGAAAGAACCCGGUUACCCCAAAGAUGAAGACUCAGGUAACUGUCUCACUUGGUCUUUACAUGGGGGAAACACAAGUUUGGUUUUAUAUCUAUGAAAGCAGUGUUGAAAAGUAUUUUAAUCAUAAAAAUAAAGUCGACUAGUUUACAGACCUACUUAUGAGGACAUGGAAAUGACCGUGGACUGUAUUUCAGGGACCAAUGGGAACUAGGCCUAAAAUACUUCAGAUCUUUUGUAAGAAAGAAUUUCA